AUGGAAGAACGGAGCUUGUGGCCAUCUCCUGCUCCGGGGGCUUCCCGUGUUCCUGCCAGCGUCGUUUUCCUGAUGUGCCACGCACCGUCGGAGCGCGUCCGGCCGCUCAGCCCGCCUGCCGUAGCGGGUGUUCGCUGGGAUGUCCUGGCUCUGCCUCGAGCACGGUUAUGGCUCAGAGCAGUUUCUGACUUCGCAGAAAACGCCGGCCGUUACGUUCGAGCGACGAGCACGCGUUUGCAGGUUUGGCAUGUUAAAAUUUCUGUGCCACUCGCACGCCGGGUUCAGCUGGCCCGUGCUGCGGCAGAGGCAGGUGGAGAGUUUUCGGUGCUUAAGUGGUGGCGCUGGUUUCUGAACCCCGGUUUCGGUCCGGAGCCAUCCUGCCUAAAAGCUGAGCUGAAGGAUGUGUUGUGUCUAAUUGUUUUGCUCAAAUGGCAGGCUCGUGCUCCAGAAGUAUUGGUUCUAAACCUGCUGUUUGAGAUUCUCAUAGCUUCCUCUGUUGAAGAUGGUAUCGAAACUCGAGUUACUAGACAUAACCACACAAUAUGUGGUCUUGCGCAAGGACAAGUUUGGAAGGCAUGCGGCGACCCCAAAGCCAAGCCAUCCUAUCUUAUUGACAAAAACCUGGAAUCUGCUGUCAAAUUCAUAGUCAGGAAGUUUCCAGCAGUAGAAACACGCAACAACAAUCAACAGCUUGCUCAGCUCCAGAAGGAAAAAUCUGAGAUCCUGAAGAACCUGGCGUUAUACUACUUCACGUUUGUUGAUGUUAUGGAAUUUAAGGACCAUGUUUGUGAGCUGCUGAACACUAUUGAUGUUUGCCAAGUCUUCUUUGAUAUUACUGUAAACUUCGAUUUAACGAAGAACUACCUAGAUUUGAUUAUAACCUACACAACUCUAAUGAUCCUGCUGUCUCGAAUUGAAGAAAGGAAGGCUAUCAUUGGAUUGUACAACUAUGCCCAUGAAAUGACACAUGGAGCAAGUGACAGAGAAUAUCCACGCCUUGGCCAGAUGAUUGUGGAUUAUGAAAAUCCUUUAAAGAAAAUGAUGGAGGAAUUUGUACCUCACAGUAAAUCCCUUUCAGAUGCUCUGAUUUCACUCCAGAUGGUCUAUCCUCGAAGAAAUCUCUCGGCUGACCAGUGGAGAAACGCACAACUACUGAGCCUCAUCAGUGCCCCCAGUACAAUGCUGAAUCCUGCACAGUCUGACACAAUGCCAUGUGAAUACCUCUCUCUGGAUGCAAUGGAAAAAUGGAUCAUUUUUGGAUUUAUUUUGUGCCAUGGAAUCCUGAAUAGUGAUGCUACAGCUUUGAACCUUUGGAAACUUGCACUUCAAAGCAGCUCUUGCUUGGCUCUGUUUCGAGAUGAAGUAUUCCAUAUUCACAAAGCUGCAGAAGACUUGUUUGUAAACAUAAGAGGCUACAACAAGCGUAUUAAUGACAUCAGAGAGUGCAAGGAAGCUGCUGUUUCACAUGCCGGUUCAAUGCACAGAGAGAGACGCAAGUUUCUACGUUCUGCACUCAAAGAGCUGGCUACUGUCCUGUCGGAUCAGCCAGGCCUCUUGGGUCCCAAGGCACUUUUUGUAUUUAUGGCAUUAUCCUUUGCUCGUGAUGAAAUUAUUUGGCUCCUUCGUCAUGCAGAUAAUAUGCCAAAGAAGAGCGCAGAUGAUUUCAUAGAUAAGCACAUAGCCGAGCUAAUAUUCUACAUGGAGGAGCUCAGAGCACACGUGCGGAAGUACGGGCCCGUGAUGCAGAGAUACUACGUGCAGUAUCUCUCUGGCUUCGAUGCAGUGGUCUUAAAUGAGCUUGUUCAGAAUCUUUCAGUGUGCCCAGAGGAUGAAUCAAUCAUCAUGUCCUCUUUUGUAAACACAAUGACUUCACUAAGUGUGAAACAAGUUGAAGAUGGAGAGGUGUUUGACUUCCGAGGAAUGAGAUUAGAUUGGUUUAGAUUGCAGGCGUACACCAGUGUUUCUAAAGCUUCGCUCAGUCUUGCAGACCAUAGAGAACUAGGAAAAAUGAUGAACACAAUCAUUUUCCACACAAAAAUGGUAGAUUCUUUGGUGGAGAUGUUGGUCGAAACCUCAGAUCUUUCUAUAUUUUGUUUUUAUAGUCGUGCUUUUGAGAAGAUGUUUCAGCAGUGUUUGGAGCUUCCGUCUCAGUCAAGAUACUCAAUUGCAUUCCCACUGCUUUGUACUCAUUUUAUGAGCUGCACCCAUGAACUGUGCCCUGAAGAGCGGCAUCAUAUUGGAGAUCGUAGUCUUUCCUUGUGUAACAUGUUCUUGGAUGAAAUGGCUAAGCAAGCUCGAAAUCUUAUCACAGACAUUUGCACAGAACAGUGUACGCUGAGUGAUCAGUUGCUGCCAAAGCAUUGUGCCAAAACCAUCAGUCAAGCAGUCAACAAAAAGUCAAAAAAACAGACUGGAAAGAAAGGAGAACCUGAAAGAGAGAAACCAGGAGUAGAAAGCAUGAGGAAAAACAGAUUGGUUGUGACAAACCUGGACAAACUGCACACUGCACUUUCCGAGCUCUGCUUCUCCAUCAAUUACGUACCGAACAUGGUGGUUUGGGAACACACGUUUACCCCAAGAGAAUACCUAACGUCUCACCUGGAAAUCCGCUUUACCAAGUCUAUUGUUGGAAUGACUAUGUAUAAUCAAGCAACGCAAGAGAUUGCAAAGCCUUCAGAGCUGUUAACCAGUGUAAGAGCCUAUAUGACAGUCCUCCAGUCAAUAGAAAAUUAUGUACAGAUCGACAUUACACGAGUAUUUAACAAUGUUCUGCUUCAGCAAACCCAGCAUUUAGAUAGUCAUGGUGAGCCAACCAUUACCAGUCUGUACACAAAUUGGUAUUUGGAAACUUUGCUACGGCAAGUCAGCAACGGUCACAUAGCCUAUUUUCCAGCCAUGAAGGCAUUUGUGAAUUUGCCUACCGAAAAUGAACUGACGUUUAACGCUGAGGAAUACUCCGACAUAUCAGAAAUGAGAGCCCUUUCCGAACUUCUGGGACCAUACGGCAUGAAGUUCCUAAGUGAAAGUCUGAUGUGGCACAUUUCUUCACAGGUUGCUGAGCUUAAGAAACUUGUGGUGGAGAACGUUGAAGUCCUGACCCAGAUGAGGACCAGCUUCGACAAGCCGGACCAGAUGGCAGCGCUCUUUAAGAGAUUAUCAUCUGUUGACAGUGUUUUGAAGAGAAUGACAAUUAUUGGUGUUAUCUUGUCUUUUCGGUCGUUGGCACAGGAAGCACUUAGAGAUGUCUUAUCGUACCACAUUCCUUUCCUUGUAAGUUCCAUCGAGGACUUUAAAGAUCACAUUCCAAGAGAGACUGACAUGAAGUUCACAGUGUCUGAAAUAAGUUCCAAGUGCUGUGGUACAGUCCACCAUGCUGGUGUCUGCGUGAUACCAACCGUAGAUGGUCACGUCUCGUGGUGUGGCGUGGUUGUGAACCAGUUCCCAUCCAGAUGUUCCGUAAUUCUUUUAAUGCAGGACAGUGCUCAAGCUAGUACCGAUGGUCCUGGUGGCAGUGUG